AAGCGGCGGGGACAUCGACGGGGAGGCGGCGGCAGGGCCGCCAUGGGCCGAACGGUGACCGUGGCCACCUGCGCCCUCAACCAGUGGGCUCUGGAUUUUGAAGGCAACCUGGAGCGGAUCUCCCGAAGUAUCGGCAUCGCAAAGAGCAAAGGAGCCCGGUAUCGGCUGGGGCCAGAGCUCGAAAUCUGUGGUUACGGCUGCUCAGAUCACUAUUAUGAGUCUGACACGCUCUUGCAUUCCUUUCAAGUUCUGGCAAAGCUUUUGGAGUCUCCAGCUACUCAAGAUAUUAUCUGUGAUGUGGGAAUGCCUGUUCUGCACAGAAACGCUCGCUACAACUGUCGAGUGAUCUUUUUAAAUAAAAAAAUUCUUCUGAUCAGACCGAAAAUAUCAUUGGCAAAUACAGGAAACUACAGGGAACUUAGAUGGUUUACCCCGUGGAACAAAGCAAGGCAUGUGGAGGAAUAUUUUCUACCCAGGAUAAUUCAGGAAGUGACUGGACAGGAAACUGUUCCUUUUGGGGAUGCAGUGCUAGCAACCAAAGAUACCUGUGUAGGAGCAGAAAUAUGUGAAGAACUCUGGGCACCGAACAGCCCUCAUAUUGAAAUGGGACUUGAUGGUGUGGAAAUUUUCACUAACUCUUCAGGGAGUCACCAUGUGUUGCGGAAGGCUCACACCCGGGUGGAUUUGGUGAAUUCUGCCACAGCCAAGAAUGGUGGAAUAUACAUUUUAGCUAACCAGAAAGGCUGUGAUGGUGAUCGUCUGUAUUACGAUGGCUGUGCCAUGAUUGCGAUGAAUGGGGAAACAGUUGCACAAGGAUCUCAGUUUUCACUCAAUGAUGUGGAGGUGCUGGUUGCUACUCUGGACUUGGAGGAUGUUCGAAGUUACAGAGCAGAGAUUUCAUCUCGUAACUUAGCGGCAAGUAAAGUGAAUCCUUAUCCCAGAGUAAAAGUGAACUUUGCUCUGUCGGGUUCUGAUGAUGUAGCUGUACCUACUUGUAUGCCAAUCCAGUGGAGACAUCAUAGUCCUGAGGAGGAGAUCAGCCUUGGUCCUGCAUGUUGGCUUUGGGACUAUUUAAGGCGCAGCAAACAGGCAGGAUUUCUCCUACCUCUUAGUGGUGGAAUUGACAGCUCUGCUACAGCUUGCAUAGUGUACUCUAUGUGUCGCCAGGUUUGCCUGGCAGUCAAGAAUGGAAAUGCAGAUGUGCUGGCUGAUGCGCGCAGGAUUGUGAAUGAUGAGACCUAUGUCCCUGAGGAUCCUCGAGAAUUUUGCAAGCGGGUCUUUACCACUUGCUACAUGGCUAGUGAGAACUCCUGCCAGGAUACUUGCAACAGGGCUAAACUUCUGGCUGAGCAAAUAGGCAGUUAUCACAUCAAUCUGAACAUAGAUGCAGCUGUGAAAGCUCUUUUGGGAAUUUUCAGCAUGGUGACAGGUCGAACUCCCUGUUUUUCUGUCUAUGGAGGGAGCAGCAGGGAAAACACGGCACUCCAGAAUGUGCAGGCUAGAAUAAGAAUGGUCCUUGCCUACCUGUUUGCUCAGCUGACACUUUGGACUCGUGGGAUGCCAGGGGGACUCCUAGUGCUAGGGUCAGCCAAUGUGGAUGAAAGUCUCCGAGGUUACUUGACAAAAUAUGAUUGCUCAAGUGCUGAUAUCAAUCCCAUUGGCGGAAUCAGCAAGACUGAUUUGAGGAACUUCAUACAGUAUUGUAUUGAAAAUUUUCAGCUCACUGCCCUCAGAAGCAUCAUGUCAGCUCCACCCACUGCGGAGUUAGAGCCUCUGGUGGAUGGACAAGUGACUCAAACUGAUGAGGCAGAUAUGGGGAUGACAUACGCAGAGCUCUCAGUCUAUGGCAAAUUAAGAAAAAUUGCAAAGGCUGGACCAUACAGUAUGUUCUGUAAGCUGAUUAAUAUGUGGAAGGAAAUCUGUUCUCCAAGAGAGGUGGCAUCAAAGGUUAAGCAUUUCUUCAGGAUGUAUUCUGUUAACAGACAUAAAAUGACCACUCUGACUCCUUCCUACCACGCUGAAAACUACAGUCCAGAUGACAACCGAUUUGACCUCAGGCCUUUCCUUUAUAAUACUACAUGGUCCUGGCAAUUCAGGUGCAUAGAUGAACAGGACUUGUCUGAAGGGAUCUGUUUAAUUGCAGGAUUAAGGCUUGACCUACAUCUGCGUGGGAAAAGCCAGUAAGCGGCAGCAGUUCAUUGUGAAUGCUUCUCCCACCUACAUCUGCAACAGUUCCUUUUUUGAACCUCAAGUCAGUUGACUCACAAAUAUGUGUUUGCUCAAAUACAGCAACAUUAAUGGUACAGUGCUUAGUUUGAGCACUGUGAGGUGUGGAGGGGCUCAAGCAACUAUUGGAACCAUGCUUAACAUUUUGUAGUUUUUAGUCACACCUUUUGACGUUAUUUUAAUGCAUUUUUCUGAUAUUAAGUGCUGGGCUUAAGAAUUUUAGCACCUUGAAGUUUUCUGUGCCAGAGACUUUACACCUCAGUUGCUUUUAAGAAUAUGUUUAUAUAUGUAAUAAAAUAUUAAUUCCCUCGUCUCAGAAAUGCCAGACAUGCUGUAAUAGUGUUUUACUACCUUGAAACUUAGGAUAAAAGCUACCACGUGCAGUGCUUUUUUGUAGGUCUGCAUGGUGGGUUUUUUUCCAUCAUUUUGGACUUUUUCCCUCUGAAGUCCAGGACAAAAGUUCUUUUGGCUUCAGUGUUGGUUAAAAUAUUUUUGUAGGGUUUGGACCAAAAUGUAAUUAUUUUAUGCUUACAGUAAAUGUGAUUAAGAUCUUCUAAUGAUCCAGGAUAUUGUUGUACUCUUUAAGUAGAUUUGUUUGUAAUGGCAGUUGUGCUAUGCAAGGGUACUAGCCAUUGCAAUUUACUUUGGAAAGCUGGGAGUCGACUUUGGGGAAGAAUCUUUUAUGUAGGCAACAGUAACCUGAACUGAUUAAGUUCAGCAGUAACCUGAACUGAUAACCUAUUGUUACGGAUAGCUUUUUGCAGGACUGGAAAAUAAUGACUUGCAAGUAGAGACUGCCCUAUUCAAGAAAGGAAGUACUGUAAGGGUUUCCGUGUACUGUGCGUGUUCAGCACAAUUGUAAUUCUGAAGACAAUCACUCUCUAGGACAACGUCUCACUGAUAAUUAUGCUCCUGGGAGUUAAGUGGCACUUAAGGUUUUUCUGGCAUAGGAACAGGACUGUGAAAAUAAGGCAUAAACUCUAAAUGACAUAAACCCCACCUUUAGUUAGGUAAUGCCAGGUUUUCCUGUAGGAGAGUCAUGUUACAGCCUGAGCUCGUUUCUGAAGGGAAAUGGUUUGAAGUGCUAAUGGUGGAGAAAUCUGUUGGAUUUGUGGAAAGGACUUUUCUACUUCAGAUGUUUGUAGUGUAGUCAAGCCAAUGUAGUUAUCCGCUGUUUUAAGAGCAAAACUCCCUCUGUAUGUGCUGCAGAAGGAACAGGAGUAAGAGGAAGUUGAGAUCAUAGUGCUUGCUGGGAAUUGCUGGAUUUGCCCUUGGAGUCUUAAUGUCAUUUGGCUCUAGCUGAAGGUUCCACCUGGGUGAUAAAAUUUCUAGUGGUUUAGAGCAACCUAGGAACUCCAGUAGCACUGUCUAGCUUCUGCCUUUGAUUUAAGGAUGUGUGGUCAAAGUAUGUGUGUUAAGGUAAAGGGCGUGUGGUGAGAGCAUGUGCUUCAACCGUUUCUAGGUGCCAAAAUGUUCGUUGGGAUUUUAAUAGCUGGCAUAAUUUGAAGGAACUGUGACACAGCUCAGAAGAAAGCUGGCACACCUACCCGCAAGGAUUAGGUAUCUGCAGUCUGUCCUCCGCUUUGUCCAGUGCUUACUGGUCAUACCACAAGAUCAGCUGCAUUUGGUCAAACCAAAAGAUUUAUCAACCUGAGUAUCAUUGUGUGUCUCUUGUGAACAGUAGCAGAUGCUGAAGAAAGAACACAAGAACAGGGAAUUUAUAAUAAGACCUUCCCUAUAUAUCCCCAUAGAUUUGAGGCAUGUAGAACUGAAUUUUCUAGAGUUAGAGAUAACGUGCAGAACAUUGUGUUUAGUUUGUGCUUUUGGGUCUACCCUCCCAAGAGUUUGUAGAAUCUAAAUAACAGCUUAGCUUAAUAUAAGGUAAUUGCUUUUCUUACAUUUUAAGAACAGUGAAGGUUGGUUUCAUGAAAUUGUGUAUAUGUGCAUGAAAAGCAUUUCUUUCCUGUGUUCAUUUUAAUUAUUCUAGGUUCUCAGUUACGGGCAGGGUUCCAAGUUACAGCCUGAUCUGAUCUGAUCUGACAGCUGGCACUGAAAGGGGCAGUCUUGCCUCCCUGUCUCUCCUGGCUUCUGAGAUGGCUUUGGUGCUUCUCUCACUCCUUGGUCAGCCAACUGAAGUCACCAAACUGACAAAAAACUAGGAAGUGAUGGGAGCACGGAGCUGGGGGGAGGUUAAAGGGGAUGGGUGGGAAGAAAGUUUGACCUUCUCUUUUGACUGCAACUAACACCUUGUUUGGCUCAGUUGUCCCUUAGAGCAUAUCGUGCAGCCAGCUGCUGGUAAAUCUGGGCUCUAUACUGUUUUGCGAUGGAAGUCUGAGAAGGUGGGAGACUUUAAAUACGAAUGAAUUUUUACUACUGAAUCAGUUUCCUUUUAACUUCCAGGUGUCUAAGCUAGAAAAAAAGGAAGGAAUUUCUCUAGUCGAAGACGUGGACUGAUUUGCUAUCUUGUUUAACUGUGGUAAUUAAUUUGCUCAACCAAAUGUUCGAAACUGGAGUAUACUGUGAUGAAGAGCCGAGGUGACCGAAACAAUUGUUGAGAUGACCAUUGUAAACGGUAGUUGUCAUCAAGUCCUGGGUUUUUUUGUUUUGCUUGAUGUUUCUUAUUUGCCUAUUUUUUUAAUUGGCUCCCUGUUUUGUUCCAAAUAUACUUAAACCAUAGUUUGGCUAAGGAAUAAUUUCCUAAGUCUUUUCUUCAACUACUUGAGUUAAUUGCCUUUAGUUGAAAAUAUUUGGAUAAGCCCAUAAAUCAUAAAUAAAUGCAGGUAGUCUUUUGUGAAAGUGAAUACACAUAUUAAGUUUGGUUCUAAUAAUUGGGAUAUGAAUUUUGAGUAACACUCAGCUGAAAGUAUAAGAUUUUAACAGUUCUGGCAUGUGCUGUUGAGGGAAAAACUUGUUUUAUUUUGCAAUAAACUUGUGAUUCUAUAAUA